UGGCAACCCGUGCAUCGCACCCGCAGCUGAACUGAUCCUUUAGCUCCAGUCUGAAGUCUCCCCGUAAACUCCGCAAACUCCACCGCAACCAGCGUCUUCUUUCUCCCCGGGGCUCGGACCUCAGUUAUCGGAUAAGAGUGGGGAUUAAAACAAACAGGAUGGACGUUUUUUUGUCGCCGCACGGGAGCAAAUGUGGAGCCACGGAGCCGAAUCAGAGCAGCCUCCCACCAUUCCUUCACCUGUCCGGUGGCCCAGUCUCUCACCAUGAACACCAGUAGAAACUGCACAGCGGCGGCGGCAGCAGGGGGGAACGGCGAUGGUCUGGCCGCGCUGGAGUCUGUCUCCAUCGUGACCAUCACGCUCCUCGCCUGCCUGGGGAACCUCCUGGUCGUGGCCACCCUCUACCGCAGGCCUUAUCUGCUCACGCCCAGCAACAAGUUUGUGUUCAGUCUCACGCUGUCCAACCUGCUGCUGUCCACGCUGGUGCUGCCCUUUGUGGCCGUGAGCUCCGCCAAGAGGGAGUGGGUGUUUGGCGUGGUGUGGUGCAACUUCACCGCCCUGCUCUACCUGCUCAUCAGCUCGGCGAGCAUGCUCACACUCGGAGCUAUCGCCAUCGACAGGUACUACGCAGUGCUCUACCCGAUGAUCUACCCCAUGAAGAUCACAGGAAACCGGGCGGUGGUGGUGAUUGCGUACGUGUGGCUUCACUCUCUGGUGGGCUGUCUGCCUCCUCUGUUCGGCUGGUCCUCCUUCGAGUUCGACUGCUUCAAGUGGACCUGUGUGGCGUCCUGGCACAGGGAGCCCAGCUACACGGCCUUCUGGGUCACGUGGUGCAUCCUCCUGCCCCUGUUGGUCAUGCUGGCCUGUUACGGUGUCAUUUUCCGCGUGGCCCGCAUGAAAGCCCGCAAAGUCCACUGUGGCACCGUCGUCGUCGCUCACGAAGACUCCAACGGAGCUCAGAAAAACGGACGCAAGAACUCGAGCACGUCCACGUCGUCUAACGGAAGCCGGCGGAGUCUCGUGUACGCGGGCAGCCAGUGCAAGGCCUUCGUCACCAUCUUGGUGGUGAUCGGCACCUUCCUGGUGACGUGGGGGCCGUAUGCUUGCGUGGUGUGCAGCGAGGCUCUGUGGGGACAGGGCAGCGUCUCUCAGGGGCUGGAGACUCUGGUGUCGUGGCUGUCCUUCUGCAGCGCCGCGUGCCACCCGCUCAUCUACGGCCUGUGGAACAAGACGGUGAGGAAGGAGCUGCUGGGGAUGUGCUUUGGCGACCGCUACUACAGAGAGUCGUUUGCGACCCGGCACAGGACGUCCCGGCUCUUCAGCAUCUCCAACAGAAUCACAGACUUGGGCAUGUCCCCUCACCUGACUGCCAUGCUGGCAGGAGGAGGACAUCUGUUGGCUCCUGGGAGCAGCACAGGAGACACUGGCUUCAGUUUCACCCAGGACUCGUGCACAGACGUGAUGCUGCUGGAUAACUUCUCCACCGACGGCUCCUCCCACGCACAGCAGCACGGGAAUCCGUCCGCGAAGAGGAGGAGCUCGGUCACCUUUGAAGACCAGGUGGAGCAUUCCAAAGCUGAAAACACGUCCUCAGUCCAAGUCCACGCAGAGGUUCACAAAUCUUUAGACAUUUUUGCCGCCGGCCUGGCGAAGGCGAUAGAGAAAGACGCCAAACUCUCCCUUUUCGGGGACGACGUGGCUCUGCCGGGGACACUGUUCCUGACAAGGGCGUCCACGAGACCCAGAUACUUGGACGGUCAGAGACUGAGGCUGGAGAGCAUCGACGAGGGCAUCGUCAAGGACGACCGGGAGGAAGAGGAGCGCGAGGCGGAGGAGAAACCGGCCUGAGCGCGGCUCGUCCCGUAGACCCGUCGGACUCGCCCGCACUAUGCUGGGUUUAUUAUUAGUGAACUGAUAUACUCGCGACUUUUCCAGAGCAAAGUCUGUCCUGCUCUGUGGUACAGAUCAUGAAGUCCUGCUCCAAAUGGAUAACGCAAUACUUGAAGUUAUUAGGAAACACGCGGAGGUACAGUAUUCAUUCCAAGUGUUUUUGUACGCGUUCAUGUAAUCGAAUAAGAAUUCUUUAACUACUGUAACUUAUAUUUCCUGAUUGUUAGUAGUAAAUUCUUUACUACUAUGCGUUAAUGUUAUUGUACGUCGUCAGAAUUAACGCGUGCGUCGUUAGGGCUCGGCAGAAUGAAAGAUUACAGUCACGUCUGUAUCUACCAAAAAAAAACGACACAGCCUUGAACUCUACAGCGGAGCGCCCCCUACAGUUUCCUGUGAACAUCCAUCCA